CUCCACCAAAUAUAAUUACAUCCAAAUCCUAAAAUUAUGAUAAAAACAAAAGAGGUUACAUUUGUGACAACUUUGAUUUUAUUAUGCGUGUUUAUAUGUAGCAUUGAUGCGCAAAGAAAAUAUAUUCACUAUCCAAUUAGAAGAGAUUUAGAGUACAUGGAUCGAGCCGAGUUUAAUCCAUUCGGAUAUGGGAUUCGAUGGCAUAGGAUACGACAAUAACAAUUACAAGAUUGCUGCUUCGUCCCCUGGGAACGAAGACGAAGACGACUUGUGGACAACCUAUGACUUUCCCUCUGAUGUGUGGACAGACCACGACUCAGAACCUGAUGAUCGUAGCAAUUACGUUAUAAGUGUUGUGUCGUUGAAUGGAACUUUGUAUUGGGUUUCUUUUGAUGACAUGAACGAUCCCUUGUGUUACGUAACUAAAUUCGAUUUUUCGAGCGGAUUAUUCAUAAGAUUUUGUGAUCUACCAUGCGGGAGAAACCAUCACGAUAGCGAAGCUCUUGUCCUUGGUGUCUUUAGGGGAGAUCGGUUUUCGUUGUUAAAGCAAUGCAUGGUAACAAAGAAAAUUGAGAUUUGGGUGACUGAGAAGAAGAUUAACCAUGAGGAUGGUGAUGAUGUGGUUUGGAUGAAUUUUAUGACUUUUUCAAGUCCUAACUUGCCGGAUUUAGUAGAGACCGGAAACUACUCUGAUCCAAGUUACUUCAUCGAAGGUAAGAGGCUCGUGGUGUGCUCUUGCGACAACACUGGUCACGCUUGGAUCUAUAUAUUGGGGGAUAAUAAGUUGAUCAGUAAAACUCGUAUAGAUUGUGUGGUUGAUCCUUGGCCUUUGCACUGUACCUUUGUCCCCAGUUUGGUACCGGUUCCUGCUCGAUGCCGAAGAGAUGAACGGGCAGAAUUACACGUUUAGUUUUAUUACAUGUUUGACUCUUGUUUGGUACGUUAUAGAGAAAGCUAAAGUUGAUUUGAAUUUUGGUACCAUCUUCUUUGUUUAAGCAAAACUAUGCAUCACUUGUGUUAGUAUCAUAAGAAACAUGAAGUGUCUUU